AUGACGAGAUGCGAUGUUUGUUCCAACCUACGGCCAGAAACCCUCUCGCUUCUCCCUCCUGGUCAACGUGCUGUCUGCUUCGUGACCGUCGGCGAUCUCAAGGCGUCCAUUGCAACCUCGUCAUGCGCGGAGUGUACUUUGAUAUUGGACGCUUUGUCCUGCUAUAAGACCGAGUGGGAUGACAAGGAUGAUGGCCAGUCGGUAGAAAUGCAGAUUGCACUUGGAAAGCCGUUGCGGUUAUUCUGGAGGAGAGAGUCAAUAUACGUGGAGUUGUUUUCGAGGGAAAGCAAUCUCAGCAAAGAGAAUACCGAGGUCUCAACUUCCAUUGGACCGGCCCUCGAAGUUGCAGAGUCCUCCUUUUCGGACUCCUGCUUCCGCCUUGCCUCUUCCUGGUUGAAUACUUGCACCAAAUCUCACCCAGCAUGUCGGCUAGGAGCUGAGCCACCGUUACCUACUCGAGUAAUCGACGUUGGGAUUGAAGGCAAACAAGACCCUUUCCUAGUUGAAUCUCAGGCUUUGCGGGGUCAAUAUGUCGCUUUGAGCUACUGCUGGGGAGAUCCAAAAGUUCAUCCUGUGCUGAAGACGACGCCUGAAACCUAUCAGAAACACAAGCAAUGCAUUGAAUUUGCAUAUUUGCCUAAGACACUACAGGAUUCUAUAACGAUAACCCGACGGCUGGGACUACAGUACCUAUGGAUUGACGCGCUCUGUAUAAUUCAAGGAGACGCGGAUGAUUGGGCGAGAGAGUCGAGUAGAAUGUGUGAGGUAUACUCCAAUGCCUACUUGACAAUUGCAGGCAGCAACGCCGCAGGCAACGCGGAAGGUAUUCUCAACAAGCAAGCAUACGGCACUCCCCCAAAGGAAAUAUCUUACAAAGAUGGCAUGACGAUAUAUGUCCGAAAGCAUCUUGCCCGCAUGCACGACAAUUACGCGGAGAUGUCACGAGGGGCAGCUAAACCCGAACCUAUCAACUGCCGAGCAUGGACACUACAAGAAGGGUUUUUGUCCAACAGAGUCCUCCGUUACACGUCAAACGAACUCGUCUGGGAAUGUAACGAAUGGCGACAGUGCGAGUGUGGUGUCAGCUCUGCACCAAUCGGGCCAGACGACGAGGCCAGCAGUCGCUCUAUCAGGAAGCCAGAUAUAGUUGAGAAACUGUCACUAGAUGACAUCUAUCAAAAAUGGGUAGAUGUCAUCUCCUUCGCCUCGGAGCGUCAGCUAGGAUAUGACGAGGACAGGCUGCCUUCUCUGUCUGGGCUUGCAAAACAAUUUGUAGCAGCGUUCGAACAAGUGGGAAAUCCAAACGAACAGUACCUGGCAGGAUUGUGGCGUUCUAACCUAGCGAAAUCCUUGCUCUGGAGCAUUGAAGAUGACGAGAACCGUGUUGGUCGCUACGACGUGAUCGAGGUUCGAAGGCCUAAGGCUUGGAGGGCUCCCAGCUGGAGUUGGGUCUCGGUCGAAGGCCCAAUAAGAAUCCCCCAGGUUUCCGGUUUCCGCAGUGCUAUUGAGGUUUUGGAAGCUUCUACCGAGCCUAGUACCUUGGAUCCUUACGGGCAAGUGGCGUCUGGGAAGAUCAUUGCGAGAGGCCGAGUGGUACAUGGACUUAGCAUCACUCUCGAAGAAACAACCAAGGGUGACCAAGAUCAUGCAUACGUUCAUGGAGAAAGGUAUGCAAUUCACCAUGGGGACAAAGUGAAACAUAUCAUCUGUGACGAGAGCGGGAAGAAAUUGAGCUCCGCUGGGGAGAUAUUCUCCGCCCUUCUCGUGGGCACAAUUAGUGGACGUCUUGCAUCACGCGAAGACGUGUUUCUUGUCCUAAGAAGCGUGGCAAAGGUGGAAGGAGAAAUUGCCUCUUUCGAGCGGGUUGCUAUGUCACUUUCCGUGGCGACCCAGCUGCCUUUAGGGAUGGGGUUUCUAGCGGGAAAAGAAUUCAGCGAAAAGCUUUUCUCGACGGAUAGUAACAGCUCUAUAUUCAGCGAGGUAGUUGAAGAGGAAAUUAUUCUAGUCUAG